AUGGCCACCCCUGCCGCUCUGCCUCCGUUGCCGUUUAAUCCGGCUCGGAUACGGACUUACAUCCUUCGACUGCCGCUGUUCACCCGGCUGUGUCUGUUGGUCAUUCUGGCCUUCUGGCUACUUGAGUUGCAGACUAUCUGGAGUGUGGUGCAAUGGGGUGCAUUGAUUCCAGAGGAGAUCAAUCUUGGCACUAUGUACCGUCUGAACACUUACCCUUUCAUUCACACUGGGUUCUGGCAUGCUUUGUUCAAUACUCUGGCGCUUACUCCGUUACUGGAGAGGUUUGAGGCUGAACAUGGUACUUUGACUGCUGUUGCGCUGUUUGUUGGACCUCUUUCCACCGUCCCCGCUGGUCUUUAUAUCUUGAUUGAAAGAGGUCUGCUCCACGGCAACACCUCGGUUGUUGGUGCAAGUGUCUGGGUUUUCCUUCUGCUCGGAUCAGAAGCAAUUAAGACGUACAAGUCGCACCCAAACUUCAGCCUUGGUCCAUACAAGAUUCCUACUUGGACCUCGCCCCUGGUUGCUUGUCUUGUUGUGUCUAUUCUCAUGUCAAACGUCAGCUUCCUUGGUCACUUGUGUGCAAUCCUGGUUGGCUAUCUUCUCGGUCUCGGUUAUCUCAAGGUGUUUGUGCCCCCCGAGAAGGUCCUUCGCUGGAUCGAGGGCAAAUUGAACCUCCUAGGACGCCUGCCCCACUAUGUCUCCGUCGACCAGAAGACCUACGGCCGCUACGGAGUCCUCCCCACUAACAAUAACCCCGCCGGCGUCAGUGGCAGUGGAACACCCUUGAGCUUCAUGGGAUCUACACAGCGCCUGGGAGCCUGA